CCUUAACUCAUUUUCUUGUGCUUCGGAUUUCGGAAAAGAAUUAUUUGUCCUUUACUAUACAAGAAGCCCACCAGGAAUUAUUCGCAGACGAGGUAAUUGAAUCGAGAACGAUUUACGAACACGACUACACUUUUGAGGAUCCAGAAAAAGAAGCAAUAUAGAAGGAUUUCAUACUUUACAUACAACAGAAAAGAUGUCGGAAUCAAAGGAAUACACAUAUGCUGAGGCAGCCGAACACAAGACCAAGAAGGAUUUGUUUAUGAUUAUUCAUGAUAAAGUUUACGACACUUCGGCUUUUGUUGAUGAACAUCCUGGUGGAGAAGAAGUCCUCCUUGAUGUUGGCGGACAAGACGCAACUGAAGCAUUCGAGGAUGUUGGACACAGUGACGAGGCAAGAGAAAUCCUUGAUGGUUUACUUGUUGGUACUUUGAAGCGCAUGCCAGGCGACCCAGCCCCAAAAGCCCAAGCAGCAACCGCUUAUACAUCUUCCUCCCAAGGCGAAGCCGGUAUGGGAGUCGGUCUUUACGCUAUCAUUCUCAUUGGUGGACUUGCGGCUUUCGGUGCUUACAAGUACAUGUUGGCCCAACAAAGUGCCGUUCCAGUUCAAGCUUAG